AUAACUUCCUAUAUCAUUCCGGGGCAGUGUGGUGGGGUGAGAGGUCAGAAACUGAGACCGACUCCCUGUUUAGCGAUUCGGUUUUUCUCCGGUGCUGCUGCAUCCCGGGACAAUGUGACCCUGCACGGAUCACCUUCAUUAGCUUGUUGGAAACCAUUACGAAGUGGGUCGGUCGGUCGACGUGCACGGUUGAGUGAGCGUCAGCUGGUGUAGCUUGCCACAGCAGCGGGAGCUCCAUCGAGCCAUGCGACAGUGGUGCCUCCCGGCUGCGGUCCCGCGAACCGAACCGAUGCCCACAGGGCGCCUCUCACCCCCGCUAUCAGAUGUCAGGAUGGAGUGUUGUGAGGUGGAGCCACGCUAUACCAUCGAGCAGAUCGACCUCCUCCAGCGUCUCCGUCUCUCAGGGAUGACCAAGCCACAGAUCAUCCAGGCCUUGGAGUCCCUAGAGCGGCUAGAUCCCGACCAUCGGCCCCCGUACUGCAACGACACCCACACCGCCAACCCGACCAACGACACCACCCCUAUCACAGCCUCCGCCCCAGCCCCCUCCUCCUCUUCCUCCUCCUCUUCUUCCUCCCUCUCCUUGGCCUCCGCCACAACGCAGACCCCUGGGCUGGACGGAGCCUCGCUGUCGCCUAGCAACAGCUAUGAGGCCUCUCCCCCGCCGAUGUACCCACACGGGGUUGGAGUUCAGAAGUCGCUUAGCUAUGACAUCAUGGCAGAGGAGGACUGGGAUCUGGAGGAGAAGGUGGAGGAGUACAUGAGGUGAGGGAGGGACAGAAGGACAAGUAACCUGGUGAAGGAGGAGAUUAAAACCUUCCUCAACAAUCGCAGGAUCUCCCAGGCCAUCGUGGGACAGGUCACAGGUAUCAGUCAGAGCUAUAUCUCUCAGUGGUUGCUGCAGCAGGGCUUGGAGAUGAGCGACUCCAAACGCAGAGCCUUCUACCGUUGGUACCUGCUUGAGCGAAACAACCCAGGGCUGAGAUGGAGUGAAAGCCAGCACGGCCCAGCGGGUCUGGGCCCAGGGCUCUGUGGUCUCGGCCAGGGGUUGGGUCAGAACCUGGGCUCUGGACCCGCCAGGGGAGGGGACAGAGACGUCACGGGGAUGGUGGGAAACGCCGCUACGGGCGCCACAGCCGCGGCCACGGCCGCCACCACCUGGGGCAGACAGAGAGAGCUGCUGAUGCACCUCCUCCCAUGGUACACUGCUGCCGCACAGCAGGCACAGCCAGGUGCUACCCUGUCGAUGCGCUCCCUGGUGAAGGAGGAGCCUGAUUGGAGAACGGGGGUCAGCCCCGGGGAGAGGGGCGGGGUGGUGGGUGGUCCUCUGAGGCUGCGGAGGGGAAGCAGGUUCACCUGGAGGAAGGAGUGCCAGUCAAUCAUGGAGAGAGGCAGCCAUCUUGGAGAGUCAUGGUAUCGAGGUUCCAAGCCCGAGCUGUCAAUCCAACGGGGAGGAGUUGGAACCACAGGACUUCGCAGAGCAAGUGAAUCAACGAUUCAUCGAGCAGGAAGAGAUCUCUUCCAGGAAGGACCUUGAUCUACAAGACACCUCCUCAUUGGCUGCCGUCGAGGUCCUUCCCCCUCCAAGCCCCACCUCUCAGGUUCUGGAACAGAAAGCUGACGAAUCGAAGAGAGAGACAGUGGACGAGGAGUGACCAAUGGGAGAGCGUGGAUUUGAAUAUAUAACGGCAUAUUAAAAUAUAAUAUUAAUAAUAGAUGCUCUGAAUGUCUUCAAGGGUUAUGACAAGUCAGUGCGUUAAUUGUUGAAAAGGGUGCUAUAGCUCUCGGUGCCUCUAGUGGUAGGGAGGCCACUGUCUAUACAGUAAUCAUGCUUUAUAGUAAUGUCAAUAUUUAUCUCUUAUCUCCUCUACGUAGUGCAUUCCAAGACAGUCUUAAACGAAAGACGACUCCUUAUAAAGAAUAGGGGUCUUAAGUGGUUAAAUCCUCUAGAAGCUCAACAGCCUUUUAACGUUUUCUUUGCUACUUGCUUUUUUAUUUUUUUUUAAAGGUUUUGACGAGUGGUUGCGGAAUGUUUUGAACCUGCAGGUCAGGUGUGUUCGAUGAUGAGGUGAAGACGGGUGUGUUUGGUUGAGGCCAGUUGAUCUUUUGCUGUGACGAUAAGUGUUCCCGAUUUUUAAUAUCAGCCUUCUCUGCUAGCUUGAAUGUCUUUGACCCCGAUCUUAGUAAGCUUGUUAGACUUUGGGAUCAACCAAUCAAGUCGUCCGGUCAGUGUUAAGAGUCCAACCCUGAGGGACAAAUGGAAUCUCAGGUAAACCCAAAGAUGGUGGAUGAUAACAAGUCAUCACGUUUCUCUCUCUAAUAAGCUCGUUCAAAAGGAUUGUUUCAUAUCGUAUGUUGACUGUUUCUGCAACAACAACAAAAAAACAUCUGUAUUCUGUCUUUAAUUGUAAUGUCAGCAAGCCAAACUUACACRGAGUUUGAUUUAUUACGCUUCCUUAUGGUCGUCUUUCCUCAACAAAUGUUGAUUGAUCAAAUGAACAUUUUAUUAUGCAUAAGUAGCGAACUAAAUAAUAAUAAUAAUAAUGAGUUACUCAUGUCCCUUUUUCUCUUAUCGACAUGAACCACUAGUCCUCCGAACCCAUCGAGAAGCUAGACUGUACUCAAAAGUCUGGUUUGGGUUUAAAAAUAAAUAUAUAUAUAUCUUCUAGGCCACAUCAAAUCAUAGUUAUUAUAAAGGUUGUUAAUCAUGACGUGUAAAUGUAUCUGUGUUAUAAGCAGCACCUUCUUUUUAGAAUAAGCUCAUCGUUAUAUAUGUACUGAGUGACUGAACGCUGUCCUUCCUGCUCAUUCCUUUUUAUUUCAGAUAGUACCAAGAAGAAGAACUUUAUUAAAAUGUCUUUCAUGUUCAUUUGA